UGAUUGUUAAAAUUAAGUUCUGUGCAAUAACGUGUAUUUGAUUUGAUUUGAUAAACGAUAGCGACGGAGGCAACGCCCGCGCAAGAUAUCAAAUGUUUACACAAUAUAGAUCAUUAAUCGAAGUUUGCGUACGAUGCGCAUGAGUGGAUUUCUGUGGGCUAUCAUCGGCGUCAGCUACUACUGCUAUCAAAUUGUAUCUUCACUUACAACAUGUGAUUCUUCAGACAACCUGUACCUGCUGGAUGGCCAGUUAGUUCAGCUGCUACCAGACAGGACACGAAAAAUUCGCCUGGAAGCCUGUAACUAUUGGGGCGGUGACAUUAAGCCGCCGAUUUUUGACCUGGACAAGGACCUGAUGAAUGUUACUCAAAUCGCAAUCCGGGAUCUCGACAUGCCUCCUCUGCCUGAGUCCUCUAGGCUAGAAAACGUCGAAUUAUCAUUGGCAUCACCAACCCACGUGUGGGGAUCCUGUUCACAUCUGAGGUCCCUACAUGUUGUAUUGAGCGACCUCCAGUCGAUGCACCGGGACUGGCUCGCUAACUGCACCCAGCUCCGGCACCUGAGUCUCAACAAGCCUACUAUCCAGGAGGUGCAGAAGAUAUUGGACAGCGCGCCAAACUUGGAAGUCAUUGACCUGUACUUUGAAGAUAUUAGGCCCAUCGUACAGUACCCGCUGUUUCCUACAGCCAGGGGAAGAGAACAGUCAAUAAGGGAAAUACGUAUUUCUACUACCUGGAGCGUUUGGGAGGAUAGCCCUGAAUGGUCAGAAGUGACUGCGGCCCUGAUACAGCAGUUGUCGACUAUACCUCGUCUCAGGCUGCUGUCUUUUAACGAGUUCCUUAGCUUUGACUUCUGUGCUACGGGGAAUUUCUCAUCAGUGGAAUUUAAAUCGCUGGAGUGGCUUUCUUUAGGGAAGACAAGCACAUCCAGGCUCUGUUUCAAGGAGUUCCGUGCUAUGCCGCAGUUAAACUAUUUGGACCUAAAAAAUACAAAAGUUGCGGAACUGAAGUUCAGCGAGCUUCUGUCGGCGCGAGCGCAGCGACUACUCGUUGAAUUUGAGGAGCUUGAAAAAUGGCACACUGCGACACUGGACAGCCUAGUGUUUGACAUGGAUGAUUACCUGGGUCUCACUGACGGGUCCAAGAAAGGCAACGUGACAGUGUCAAUAGCUGAACAUAGAAAAAUAAAGAUUGACUGUGAUUGUAAGAAUGCGUGGUUCGCGAAGGCAACGCGGGAGGGUCUGGUGACCGCUCCGGACGUGGUGUGCGUCGACGGAUCGGCGCCUGCGCAUCGGCCGCCGGAGACGCUCGAGUGCGACAAGUUUAGCUGCGGCUCCUGCACAUGCUAUCGCUUCUGGCAAGAUGCCACAGUCAAGGUGGACUGCACGGGAGUCAAGCUACUCACCCUGCCAGCUGAUCUGCUGAAUAUGGCUGGUGUCACUGUCUUCCUUGCUUCGAGGAGCAGUCUCGUGACGUUACCUGCACACCUGCCUGAUCGACUCUUAUAUCUAGACCUAUCUGACAACAACAUCUGGAAGCUAGAUGCUACAGAAGUGUCUGCAUUGUUUGGUGUUAAGGACCGGCGCGUGCGUUUCGCUGGGAACCCUAUUGUAUGCACGUGUGAAAACGAACAUCUGCUUAAUGCGCUUAAGGAAAAUCCUGGACGGGUGGAUGACUACAAAGACAUCAAAUGUGUCGGCAGCAAUGAAUCAUUGGAGUUUGUGGAUAUGUCAAAACUCUGCGCGGUGCGAGAUCGUGAAGCAGCCGUGGUGAAGGCCAUAGUGUCUGUGGCGUUGCUGUUGGCAGCAUUGAUGGGGCUCGGUGGGGUCGCGGUCUACUACUACCGCACGCUGAAGAUAUUCUGCUUCGCUCGCGGUUGGUGCCUCUACCGCGUACGAGAAGACGAACUCGACUCCAACCGCGUCUUCGAUGUAUUCCUCUCCUUCUGCCACGCCGAUGAAGCGAUCAUCAUUGAACAGUUGUUCCCAAUCCUGGACCGAGAAUAUAAAGUGUGCGUGCACUUCAGAGAUUGGAUGCCAGGCCACCUCAUCCCAGCACAGAUCUCCAACUCGGUAGAACUUUCCAGAAGGACUGUGGUGGUAGUAUCUAAGAAUUUUGUGAAAUCCGUUUGGGGAAUGCUUGAGUUCCGGACUGCGCAUAUGAGUGCCCUUGUUGAAGGUAGAGUCCGAGUUGUGGCGGUGGUGUUGGACGAUGUGCUGUAUGAUGAGGAGAUGCAGGCUGAGCUGAAGAUGUACCUGCGUAGUAACACGUACUUGAAGUGGGGUGAGCCGUGGUUCUGGGACAAGUUGCGGUAUGCGUUGCCUCACCAUCCUUCACCCAAACAACCACAGCCCCACCAGCCUGCAGACAACGCCGCUUACGAACACCCAAUAGAAGCAUUACAGUUACAAGAUUAAUACGAUGCAAUUUUGAAAAUUGCCCUUCGCUGAAAGUAACACACAAUAAGGUACUGAAUAGAAUAAUGGCGUUGACAGCGACUCCCCGACCGGCGAUUCCCGCUACGGCGAGUCUCUUUAAGGCGAGUCCCCUCUACUUCGAGCGUUUUUUUUCUUUAUAAUAGUUACCUGUGGUGAAAAUUUUAUCAAUUCAAUAUUUCAUCAAUCCGGAAAUGAUUUUUAGUAAAAAAAAUAGGAAAUAAGAAAACUAGGAUCAUAAUUUUUUUCUAUUUAUGCCUUUUGGCAUUUUAUAUGUCUAAAUUAGUUGAAACAGGCCAAAAUAAUAAACCAUUAUCCUUGUACUUAAAUAAUAAAAUUAUGUAGGUAUGUGGAAGUCGUGGAAGAAAUAGCGGGAAUUACCGUUCGGGGACUCACUGUCAACGUCAUAAUUCGUUAAAUACUUGUCUUAAUGUCUCGAUGAGUAUUUUGGUUUUAAGCUCGGUCACUUAAGUUUCAAAAAAAGAUCACAAAAAUCAAAUUAAAUUGAAAAAGUCACUCAGACGGGAAUUGAACUCCAAGCCGGGACGAGUGUGUUAACCAUUACAACAUCGGGUUCUCAUCCGUUCUAAUGUGAAUUCGUUUGUAUUUGACAAAAGUUCCGGGUUCGUUAUAGACGUUUUCGAUUUAAUUUUCUGUUUGUGAGUUUCUCUAAGCAUGAGUAACAGCUAUAAACAAGAAUAAUAUCCUUUUUAGUCACUAAAAAGUAAAUAAAAAUAAGCAUUUUUUUUUUUUAUAAAAAACAAGCAUUUAUUUAAAAUGUAUUAAAACUAAAAAACUUUUGAGGUUAACACACACAGAAUCAGUAUUCAAAGCGAUCCGGGAAGCAGGCGUUUGUAUGCAACGCGCGCGGAUUUCUGUGCGAACGGUGGCUUAUUGCAUGAAUCUCGAACAUACUUACAGAACAUUCCCGGGCCCGCUUCUGUGUUCAUUUAGGUUUAUAAGGUCGAUUGCCGUUAUAACUUAAGUAGUUAAUUAACAAAAGAGACUACACGAACACUUCAAAUACGUACAUAUGUAUACCACUAGCAUGAUUACUAAUAAAGCGACUAUGUGCCGUCUAUUAAUUGGGUAGAUUUCUAGGUCAGAGAUAAAUUAUAAAAUUCUGUUUACUAAAUACAGACAUAUCUAAAAAUGACAAAAAACGUUUUCUUUGUUCUAUUUAACUUAUAUAUGAAUUUUAAUAAAGAAACAUUUAAUAAUAA